AUGCCUUGCACUUGCGGCGGCUGCAUCGCCGCGCACGAGAUGAAGCCGGAGCGCGGCGGUGCGACGAAGAAGGGACUGGUGAUGGUUUGGGACGAGACGAAGCAGACGUGCAAGCUCGACGCCGACCAGCUCUCCGCUGUCGUUGCGGCCCUGGCGCCGGCUGGCUCGGCGGCCGCGUCGAGCGAGGAGCCUCCGCCGCCCGUCGGCAGCACGGCUGCAGAGGUUGUUGGCCCGCCGGUCCCAGAGGAGACGGCGGCAGCGGUGGCGACGGCCACGGCGGGGCAGGCUGCGGAGGAGGAGUCGGCGGCGGCUGCGGUGCGGAUGGCUGAGGAGGAGGCGGCAGCGGAGGCGACGGCGGCGGCUCGGAUGGAUGAGGAGGCGGCGGCGGAGGCGGCGGCGGCGGCGGCGGCGGCAGCUCUGCUCGAGACGGCAUGGGAGGUGGCCUCCGGCGAGGGCGAGGGCGAGGGCGAGGGCGAGGGCGAGGGCGAGGGCGAAGGCGAGGGCGAGGGCGAGGCGACCUUCGACGCGUCGCCCGUGCAGGAGGAGGCGGAGGGCGGCCCCGCCUCGCAGAUGGAUUCGUCGCGCAAGAACAAGCCGCAACGUUGCUCAGUUUGCGGCGGCAUCGGCCACAAGUCGCCCUCCUGCCAGCAAACGACCACCUACGGGACAUCCACAGGGGCUCCUGCGGGGUACAUGCCGGGCAGGCAGCCGCAGCCGCAGCUGCCAAGCGUCGAGGCCAAGUUCGGCGGCCCAAGGGUACGCAAGCAGAUCUGCCGCGCCCGCAUCUGCCCGUACAAGGCAGCAGGGACGGCGGCGACGGCGACGGCGGCAGCGGCAGAGGUGGAGCGGCUGGCGGCGGCGGCGGCGGCGGCGGCGGCGGCGGCGGCGGCAGCGGCAGAGGUGGAGCGGCGGGCGGCGGCGGCGGCUUCAGAGGUCGAGGCGGCGGCGGCAGCCCUCUGCUGUGAUGGGGUCGAGGCUUUAGGCGGCGGCGGCGGCAGCGUGGAGGCGACUGGCGGUGGCAUGGCUGGUGCGGAGGAUAUGGCCCGGCUCGGACCGGCCUCGGCUCAAACAGGCCUCAUGGUUACCGCCACCAAUGUUGACAAGUCCACGAAAUGGAUCGUCCAGCCCGCCGCGCUGGCGGUGCUGGAGCAGGUCUUCGCCAUGGACCGCUUCCCGACGCGCCAGCUUCGCGCCAGCCUCGCCACCGAUCUCGCCGUCAACCCGCGGCAGGUCGAAGUAUGGUUCCAAAACCGCCGCCAAAAGAUGAAGAAGGAGGAGGCUCGUGCGGCCGCGGAAUGGAGCACGGCGGUCGCGGAAUGGAGCACGGCGGCGGCGGCGGCGGCGGCGACGACAGCGGCAGCGGCCUCGCCUCCAGCGGCUGCGCGCCCCACGCUCGAGAUCCCCGAGGGCGUGCUCUCCGGCCAGAAGGACCGCCACCGCUGUGCGAGGCAGCAGAUGUGGCGGGGAGGCCCGGUCGUGGAUGGCGCCUUCUUCGACGUCACCGUCCCUGCCGACUUGCCCGCCAGCCGCAAGGUCCACGUCGCAAUGCCGACCGAGCAGCCCGCCGAGCAGGCAGCGCUGUCCCAAGCGGCAAGGUUCACUUCUCGCAUCCGUGACGUCGCCGCGUUAGUCCUUGCCCGCCACGGCCCGCUGAGCAAGGAGCAGCUCCUCGGAUGCUUGCAGCAGUUCGUGCAGCAGGCGGGCGAGGAGCUGAAGCCGCUGGCCACGAGCUUGCGCGAGCUGCUGGACAGCGCGGAGCCGUCCUCGCGCCUUGGCAACCUGUUGUGCAACAACCGCGCGUAUCAGGGCGACGAGGCGACGCAGCCGGCGGAUGCGAGUCGGCGUACGCCGUGGUUCAAGUCGAGUCGGGUCGGUUCUGGCGUGUCGUGGUCGUUCGAGCCGCUCGGCUUGGAUCGGGCGCGCCCCUGCGACAGCGCCGGGAUCCUGCUCGAGGCCCGGCAGAGGGUGGGGCCGGAGUGCGAGCGCGUGCUGGCGGGGAUCAGCCCUCCAUCCCUCCUGGCGCGUGCCCCAGCGCGUACCCCGGCACCGCUCGUGACAGAGGCGGAGGGUUUGCGGCUGCACCUCUCCAGCAGCAACAGCACCGGCUACAAGGGCGUGUACAAGGAUGGCUCGCGCUUCGGGACGCAGCACCGCGUGGACGGCAAGUCCAGACACAUCGGCACCUUCGGCACGGCGGUGGAGGCGGCGGUGGCGUACGCGAGGGCGGUCGGCCAGGCUCCUGCCCAGGGGCCGGAGUGCGAGCGCGUGCUGGCGGGGAUCAGUCCUCCAGCCGUCCCGGUGCGUGCCCCAGCGCUCGUGACAGAGGCGGAGGGUUUGCGGCUGCACCUCUCCAGCAGCAACGCCACCGGCUACAAGGGCGUGUACAAGGAUGGCUCGCGCUUCGGGACGCAGCACCGCGUGGACGGCAAGUCCAGACACAUCGGCACCUUCGGCACGGCGGUGGAGGCGGCGGUGGCGUACGCGAGGGCGGUCGGCCAGGCUCCUGCCCAGGGGCCGGAGUGCGAGCGCGUGCUGGCGGGGAUCAGUCCUCCAGCCGUCCCGGUGCGUGCCCCAGCGCUCGUGACAGAGGCGGAGGGUUUGCGGCUGCACCUCUCCAGCAGCAACGCCACCGGCUACAAGGGCGUGUACAAGGAUGGCUCGCGCUUCGGGACGCAGCACCGCGUGGACGGCAAGUCCAGACACAUCGGCACCUUCGGCACGGCGGUGGAGGCGGCGGUGGCGUACGCGCGGGCGGUCGGCGAGGCUCCUGCCCAGGGUUCAUCUGCCGCCGGCAGCGAGGCGCUCGACUCGGACGACGGCGACGGCGAGGACGAGGAGGGCGAGGCCCGCUGCUUGUGGGUCGCCUGCGACCGGUGCGACAGGUGGCGGCGGCUGCCCGCCGAGACGCCCCGCCCGCUCCCUGCCGAGUGGUUCUGCUGGAUGCACCCGGACCCGGCUCGCCGGCAGUGCGAGGCGCCGGAGGAUGAGUGGGAGGAGGAUUCGGUGGCGGCGGACGCGGCGGAGGAUGGCUUGGAGGAGGGUGCGGGAGCGGCAGAGGCGGCGGCGGAGCCGAUGGACGAGGAGGACGAGGCGGGUGGCGAGGCCUACUGGGUGGACGCGGAGGUGGAUGAGGAGGCUACGGAUGAGGAGGCUACGGAUGAGGAGGCCGAGGCGGCAGACGGCGACGUUGUGGCUGCGGAGGCGGCAGGAGCGGCGGAGGCGGAGGGGGCGGAGGGGGCGGCGGGGGCGGCGGCGGCGGCGGGGGCGGCGGCGGGGGCGGCGGCGGCGGCGGCGGCGGGGGCGGCGGGGGUGGCGGACGCUCCGCACAAGCGGGUCCGCAUGGCCAAGCGUCCAUACGAGCCGCCGGAAGGGCCGCCGCCAAAGCGGCGCUCGGAUGCGGCGCGUGGCCCUCCGUCCUCGGCCUCCCUCUCCUCCUCCUCCUCCUCCGCCGCCGCCGCCGCCGCCGAGAGCGCGCCGCCCCACGCGCCCGCCGAGGCCGCGGUCUUGCUCUGUGGCAACACGCACGAGUGCAACGGCGGCGCCUUUGGCUGCAUUCUGCCGGCAGGCCACGGCGGGCCGCACGACUUCACGCUGCCGGCCAAGCGGGCUCGCUGCGAGAAGCGCCCGUUCGACCCGGCGGACGUCAUGGCGGCUGCCGCGCUCGGGUCGCAGGGCAGGCUGCAGUCGCCGGAGCUUGGGGCGGCAGAGGCGGCGCUUCUCGCAAAGCUGCUGGCGGUGGCGGCGCGCUUGAAGGACGAGGGCUCGCCUGAGGCGACGGUGCACGUCGAUGGCCAGUGGGCGGCGCUCUCCGACUCGAGCGUUCCGCCCCUCGCGCCGCCCGUGCAGCCCGCUCCGCCGCCCGCGCCGCCCGCCUUCCAGACCGCCGCCCACGCCGCCCACGCCACCCACGCCGCCCCCGCCGCCCCCGCCGCCCCCGCCGCCACUUGCUGCGAGUGCGGCACUUUGCUCGACGACGAGGCGGGCGAGGUGAUGGCGCCCUCCGUCGGGUGCGACGCCGGUGGCUGCUCGCGCUGGGCUUGCCUGGCGUGCGCCGGCUUCAGGAGCGAGGCGGAGGCGGGGCGCAAGACGUGGUUCUGCACGCUUCACGCGCCGGCAGUGGCGGUGGUGGCGGAGGCGGAGGGCUUGCGCUUGCUCCUCUCCAGCAGCAGCAGCACCGGCUACAGGGGCGUAUCGAAGAAUUCUGGCGGCUUCCGAGCGCAGCGCAAGGUGGACGGAAAGACUGUCUCCCUCGGCACCUUCCGCACGGCGGUGGAGGCUGCGGUGGCGUACGCGCGGGCGGUCGGCGAGGAGGGGCCGGCGCCACCGCCGCGCCCCGCGAAGCGCCCGCGCGAGUCUGCCGCUGCGCCCGCGCUAGAGCCCACCGCCCCUUCUUCCGCUCCCGCCGCCGCCGCCGCCGCCGCCUCCUCCUCCUUUGCCCCGCCCGCGCCAUCCCUGCCUCCGAGCCGCUUGUUCGAGCUCCUGCCCGACGGGCGCACCGUCCACAAGGAGGCGCCUCCCGACAAUGGCGGCAUGGUGGCCGUCGCCGAGGCGCUCGGGCGCAUCGGGCUGCAGUCCUACACCGCCGCGUUUGACUCCGAGGGCUUCGACGACAUCGAGUUUCUGCUCGGGCUGGACAGCGCCGAGCGGGCCGCCGUGGCGACGGCGACGGGCAUGGAUGCGAAACCGGGGCACGCGGGGAAGUGGGUCAAGUUCGGCUUCGGGAAGCCCUGA